AUGAAGGCAAAUAAGUCUGGAAGGCUUUGGUGCAAGGCCAUUUUUGCUGACUAUAAGCGAGGUCUCCGGAACCAGACAGAGCACACAGCUCUUCUUAAAACUGAAGGUGUUUAUGCUCGAGAUGAAACUGAAUUCUACUUGGGCAAGAGAUGUGCUUAUGUGUAUAAAGCAAAAAACAACACAGUGACACCUGCAGGCAAACCAAACAAAACCAGAGUGAUCUGGGGAAAAGUAACCGGGGCCCAUGGAAACAGUGGCAUGGUUCGUGCCAAAUUCCGAAGCAACCUUCCUGCAAAGGCCAUCAGACACAGAAUCCAUGUGAUGCUGUACCCUUCCCAGAUUUAA